GCCAUAGGUGGUCGACUGCGUUUCUGGCUGAUGUUUGAGUAAAGUCCAGAGGCUUUGCUGCUCUUUGCAAUGGACCGAGGCGAGGAAGAGGAGGCCAGGCUGGAGGUUCUCCUUCAUCAGACUGAAUUUAUUCGUGUUUUGUAUUAAGGGGACGUGUUUUUUUUUUUUUUUUUUUUAACCAUGACGACCAAGCCCCCCGGACACUUGGAUCCGAGCGUGGCACGUUCCAUACCCGGGUCCGCCCCGCACGACGCGGCCGCAAAGGGCAAACGCGGCAACUCGGGCUUGCGGCGCCCGGAGAAGCCCCCCUACUCGUACAUCGCCCUGAUCGUCAUGGCCAUCCAGAGCUCGCCCAGCAAGCGGCUCACCCUGAGCGAGAUCUACCAGUUCCUGCAGGCUCGCUUCACCUUCUUCCGAGGCUCCUACCAGGGAUGGAAGAACUCGGUCAGACACAACCUGUCGCUCAACGAGUGUUUCAUCAAGUUGCCCAAGGGCCUCGGCAGGCCCGGCAAGGGCCACUAUUGGACCAUCGACCCGGGCAGCGAGUUCAUGUUCGAGGAGGGCUCCUUCCGACGCAGACCUCGAGGCUUCCGGAGAAAAUGCCAAAGCUUCAAACCCAUGUACAGGAUGAUGAACGGCAUCGGCUUCGACUUCCAGGCCGCGUCGGGCCCGUUGGUGUGCCACAACGGCUACAAUUUGGACUUCAACGCGAUGCCUCACGGGGGGUUCGAGGGGGUCCCGGGGGGGCAUCACGUGUCCCCCGGGUCCGGCUCGUCGUACGUGGCCGGGACCCCCAACGCGGACUAUAUCUGCAACCCGGACGGCGUCGGCGGCGGGGCCUCGCUGCAGCCCUCCCCGGCCAUGGUGGGCUCCCUGGACUGUCAAAGCCCUUACGGCAACGGCCCCCCCCACUGGAGCUCAUCGGCCGUAUCUCCGUAUCUGAAACCCCAGAAUCUGGCGUCCAACGCCGGCACCGGCGGGGCGCACGGUGCGCUGCACACGCACGGGGUGCCGUCUUACUCUUUGGAUCAAAGUUAUCUGCAUCACAACGGACGAGAUUCUGCGGACAUUCCAGCUGGACUCUCUCGGUACUCGGGCCACUCCAGUGCAGCGUGCGAGAGGAAGGAUCUGGUUUUAAGCCUCAACGGGAUGUCCUCUCUGCAUUCGGGCACCGGAGCCUCCUAUUAUCACCACCACCUUCCUCAUCAUCAGCUGCACCAUCAGCUUCACCAUCAGCAGGGCGCCUAUCAGGACGUCAAGCCUUGCGUCAUGUAGACGCAGACAUUUCAUAGCCUAAAAUCGUUUUUUUAAACCCUUUUUUGUGUCAAGUCAAUCAAAUCUCUACAAGAGGAUUUAAAAAAAAAUCGGUCAUCAAUAUUUCUUCAGUGCUAA